UUGAUCACUGAGACAAGAAAAUACACAGAUUACCUUCUGAACUACUGUAAAACUGUACAAAAUGUAAAAAUGUAAGUGCAGCGAUGUAGAGCACACAGGCAUUAUGUAGAUCACUUACGCCAAAAGCUUCUUGCGGGCCUUGUCUGCUUUGAGUUUGUGAAUGUGCUCCAUCAAGAUACGUUUGUUCUUGAACACAUUACCCUUUGCUCUCAAAUAUAAACUGUGAUACCUGAGGGAAGAACAGAAAUGGAUAAAUACACUUAAUACCUGAUAGAUCCUCAUGUAUUCUCACAAAGGUUAAGCUGCGUUACUUUGCCAAAUCUACAAUCUUUUAUUUACAUUUAAUUAGUGCUAUUGGAUAAUUUCCUAACGUUAAUUUUACAGAUAUAAAUGUCCGCAAUGACAGUUCGAUAAGUAAUCGGUAAUGUUUAAGCACUGUGCGUAAUGUUGCGCAAACACUUCCGGAUGCCGCACACGGUCUUGGUUUACAAUUACAGUGUCAGUUAGACUUGAAGGAGUGGAGUAAGAUGAAGCAAGUUAUUCAUUUAUUAAUAGAGCUCUAUGAUUUCCGCAAUGCGGAUAACGCGGACAGAAUCACGGAAUCCAAAUGCGCGGAAACAUUUUCCUUUCGUGUAAUGUUGGACGCGCAAACGGGUUUGUCAAAGACCGGAACACAGCAGACAAAAUAGGUACAGUAUCUUUCAGCGCCCGCCUUGCGCGCGCACACAUCUGCACAACUUUAAAAGUAUAUUUACAGGACAUUCACAUAUUCUGGAAACUGAGGAAAAAGAGCAGAUCCAACACUGCAGUGCAUAUAGUGUACAUGUAUGCAUUCCCACAGCAACGUGACGCUCUUGACAUCCAUUUAUCAGCGUGUAUAGCUCGUAUAUGUAUAACACACGCGUGAUCACUGAACUAAGUUUUCUUUCUUGUUUAAAGGAACAGUAUGUAGGAUUGUGGCCAAAACUGGUAUUGCAAACAACAAAACUUGUGGCUAAAACUGGUACUGCAGUCAAACAACUGGUGGCCAAUAUACAAAAUGACAACAUUAACAUCAGUUGAGGGCUGCAACUCCACUUUUUAAAUGACAAUAUCCUGGCCAGACCACUGUUGUCAGUGAUAUAAGUAUUUGAAAUGAAAAUGAUUUCUUAAUGUCUAGUGACAUAUCAGGGCCAUUUUAUGAUUAAUUGAUAUACAUUUCUUAUAUACUGUUCCUUUAAGUGAACAUAAACAGCUGGAUGUUACAGAGUAUAUUGAAACUUAAAGCAGUCUGUCUUGGGUCUUAAAGUGACAGUAGCCUGCUGCUUUCUGUGUCAAAAAUGUUAAUUUUAUAAGAAAUAUAUUUCCAUUUAAUAUAAAUGCCUGAUUUGUAUUUGUCAUGUUCUGAAUAAAAAGUAGUUUAAAACCAUUAUUAACUGUCUGGUUUUUACAACUUUCAUUCAGGAGUAGGGAUGUAAACGGUUAAUCGAUUAUCGGUUAAUUGUCGACAAGAAUUUAUCCGAUUGAAUUUAAUUUAUUUCGGUUAAUUGAACAUUGCGAACGUGAGACGAGAUUCUCGCGGUCAGCGCGAGACCCGACACGAGAUUCUCGCGGGCGGCGCGAGACCAGACAAACUUGAGGCGGCAAAACAUGAGGCGGUCUAAACGGAGUGGAGUGUGGGAGCAUUUUAAGUUAAUUAACGACAACAAAGACGCCGAAUGUAAACUCUGCGGCACAAAGAUUAAGUACAACAGCUCUACGAGUUCGUUGAGAUAUCACUUGAAUAACCUGCAUGCAGCCGUGUUGCUGGGAGGAAGUCUGUCGCCUUCACAACCUACAAUCGCUGCUUUGGUGGGACGGCGAGUAUGUGACGACAGGAGAGCGGAGGGCAUUACUCAGAGGAUUUGCGGCAUGAUCGAAAAAGAUAUGAUGCCAAUUAGUACCAUUGAUGGUGAGGGAUUUCGGGAGUUAAUGCACUUCAUGGAGCCAGGAUAUAAUAUCCCUACUCGACCGACCAUAACUACCCACUUGGAAGCACGCUACAAAAUCAAGGCGGCUGCGCUAAAAACACAGUUAGCCGCGGCUAAUGUGGCUUUGACGACGGAUUGUUGGACGGCAAUGACUACAGAAAGCUACAUAACAAUCACUUGCCACUUCAUUGAAAACGACUGGCAGGUAAAGUCAGCUGUCCUUCUCACAGAUAGUCUCUCAGUGAGACAUACAGCUGAUAAUUUAGCUGACAAACUCAACCAAGCUGUGGAGUCAUGGGGACUCACCGGACGUAUAAUAGCCUGUGUGCAUGACAACGCUCGAAACAUCGUGUCCGCAAACAACCCCGAACGAGUAAGUUGGAAAUCAGUUUCUUGCUUUGCACAUACUUUAAAUCUGGCCGUCAACGACGGAUUCGCUGCUGCUGGUAUCAACAGAGUAAUUGCAGCUGCUGGCAGGUUGGUCAAACACUUCAACCACAGCACACCAGCAACAAAAGCGCUAGAAGUAAAACAAAAACAAAUGCAGCUACCAGCUCAUCGGCUCAUUCAGUCCUGUAAAACCAGGUGGAACUCUGUACAUGAAAUGUUUGCCAGACUCGUAGAACAGCGAUGGGCCGUGUGUGCUGUACUAUCAGAUCGCUCAGAGACCAAGCUUGCAGAUGCGAGGACGCUUGAGUUGAGAGACGACUUCUGGCAGCUCAUGGAGGACAUGGCGCCAGCACUGGAGGCUCUCAAAUGUGCAACUACUGUCAUGUCUGCAGAUACUGAAGUAUCCAUAUCCAACACAUACCCCAUCACAUUCAGUCUGAUCAAUACGCAUCUUAAGACAGCAGAUGGAGACAGCAGCAGAGUGGUGGAAUUCAAAUCUAAAGUUCGCACUUCAUUGGGUGAACGGAUGAAGGUUGAGUCUGGAGACCUCACAUCAACUACACCAAUGAUAGCAACGAUGCUGGACCCUCGGCAUAAGCACCUGGGAUUUCUGAUCCCAUCAAGCAGGAUCUCAGCUCAUUCCAAACUGCUUGAACUGGCUAUGGCAGAACAUGUGGGCUCCACAUCAACAAAUGAAGCCACCACUGGAGAUUAUGUGCCAAUCCAGGGAGCUGCACUUCAGAGACACACUUCUGCUAUGACUCUUCUACUGGGUGAAAACUAUACCACCAGCAGCAACAACGAUGACAUAGAAAAGGAAGUGGACAAGUUUCUGAAGGAUCCCUCACCACCCCUUGAUUCCAGUCCCACAGAAUGGUGGAAAGUCAAUGAAGGAAGAUUUCCGAAGCUGGCAAAUAUGGCACGACGAUAUCUGUGCAUACCAGGCACGUCUGUCCCAUCUGAACGUGUGUUCUCAGCAGCUGGCCUCACUGUAAACAGGCUGCGCACACGACUUACUCCUGACCAUGUUAAUAUGUUAAUUUUCUUGAACAAAAAUAUAAAGGUCUAGGUCAGGAGCCUAUUCAAAACAUAUUGAGACAGUAAUGUUUUUGUUUCAGGAGAGGUAGCCUAUAUCUUCAUUUGACUGUUCUAAGGGACGCCCUCUAAUUUUACUGUCUCCUUAGUCAGAGAUGAUUUAAGUUGUGUUCAGUUCUAUAUUUGAAGUUUCAAGGUCUAGUAAUCUUACUGUUUCCUUUCUCAGACCAAGGGGGAUUAUAUGGUAUUAAGUGCUGCUGUGUAUGUUUCAAGUAAAGAUUUUUAUUUAAAACUUAUUUUAUGUUGCUUAAUGUUUCACAUGCAACAGGUGAGCCAGUGCACAAUUAUUUAUUUUUUGUAUUUUAAUUUUCUGUGCAUAAUUUAUUUUGUUGAAAUACAUAAAUGCCAUUAUCUGUACCAAGUCCCAACUGUUACAAUAAAACAUCACUUGAGCAAUAUAACAUGCUUUUU